AAGAGCCCGAAGCCCCGGCUGCGCAACCAGCACAACCAGCACAAACCGCGCCGCCCGCCGCUGCAACAAAGAGCGAAGCAAACGAGGAGCUAGAAGAAGGCGAGGAGGAGGACGAGGGCGGGGAGAUGGACGAAGAUGAUGAUUCGGAUAUCGACAUCAUCACCGAGAGAAAGGACGGCUCAAAGCCCCCUCCUUCAAUACAACCGCGAUACAGCGAGAUCAGAAACAUUCCUCAGCGCUCUACCACAAACGAGACGGCCGUCAAACCAGCCCCGAUCAAACGUGAAGAGCCGCGGCAAGAGUACCCGCCCGUAUCAAACUCCACAGUCGACGUCAACGCCAUCCCCGUCCACAAGCCCAGCGGCAAGCCCAUCACCCAAGUUGACAUUGACAAGGACCUACCAGACAAUGACAAACCCUGGCGCAAACCCGGCACCGACCUGUCCGACUACUUCAACUACGGCUUCGACGAAUUCACUUGGGCACUCUACGCCCAGAAGCAGGAGGCUUUACGGGCGGAAUACGACCAGGAAGCCAUCGCCCAGAACAACAAGAGGCUGAUGGAGGAGAUGUCCAACAUGAUGAUGAUGGGCGGCAUGAUGCCCCCGCCGGGGGCUCCGACGCCAGCCGGUGCUGCUGCCGGUGGCGCCGCUGCCUCGGCUGUUCCCGCGGCCGCCGCCGGUGCCCCGCCCGUCGCGGCCUUCCCCGGCAUGGAGGGCUUGCCGCCUGAAAUGCAGGCUAUGCUGCAGCAGAUGAUUGCCAAUGGCACGGAUCCGGCCCAGAUGGAUAUGGCGGCUAUGGCGGCUAUGUAUGGCGGAAUGCAGAACGCGGGUGCCGGCGCGGCGGGGGCACAAGCUGGGCAGGGCCAGGGGUUUGCGGGCGGGUUUAGUGGGAAUCAGGGACAGGGGUAUGGUGGGUAUGAGCAGCAGAUGGGAGGGGGCGGGAGAGGGGGCAGAGGAAGGGGACGAAGGUGGUGA